GUUCGUUGUGGUUAGUUGUCAACUUGUUAAUACGUGGCAUUGCCAUUGCUCUAGCCAGCUUGGUUUCUUGGCUUUGGACACCAUGGCCGGCGCCGGUGGAGGAGAGGGCGAUGGUUUCUGCAGAGACUUCAUGGUGCUACGGCCGGACAAAGGCGGGUUCUACGACCUCCUCCACCUCCUCUGGUCGUGCAAGGUGGCGGAGAACGGGGCCGUGGACUGCCCCGCAGGGACGGAGAUCGGCGACUGGCGGCGGCGGUGGGCCGUCUUCAUCUCGCUGGUCGCGCAGGUGCUGCUGCUGUGGGCCAAGAAGCCGGUGGCCCUGCUCGGGAGCGUGACGGAGUACUGGACGAACCUGCUCACUGAGAAUGGCGGCGGCGUCCUCAUGCUCGUCGUCAAAGCUCUGCAAGGAAAGUUGAAAUUUCCAGACAGAAGAUCCCCCAGCUACCGCUCCUGCAUUGGACUGCUGGACACAAGAAUCGAAUUGGACAAGAAGAUUACGCCAGGGGAUAGCAGCUACCACGCUGCUCUGUCGAUCAUGGCUGCAAAGCUGGCCUACGAGAAUGAGCUCGUCAUAAAAGAUGUUGUCGAGAACCAUUGGCAGAUGAAAUUCGUGGCGUUCUACAACUGCUGGAAUGAAUUCCAAGGGGACUACACCACCCAGGCGUUCGUGCUCGCCGACAAGCCGGCCGACGCGAGCCUCGCCGUGGUGGCGUUCAGAGGCACGAGGCCAUCCGACACGGAGCAGUGGUGCGCGGACGUGGACUUCUCGUGGUACGAGAUCCCGGGGGUGGGCAAGAUCCACGGCGGCUUCAUGAAGGCGCUCGGGCUGCAGAAGCGCGGCGGCUGGCCGAAAGACAUCGACCAGAACGCCGAGAAGCCGUUCGCGUACUACGCCAUCCGCGAGAAGCUGAGGGGCUUCCUGUCCGAGAACGCGAACGCCAGGUUCGUCGUGGCGGGACACAGCCUCGGGGGCGCGCUCGCAGUGCUGCUCCCGACCGUCCUCGCGCUGCACCGGGAGGACGCCGUGCUGGGCAGGCUGCAGGGGGUGUACACGUUCGGGCAGCCUCGCGUCGGCGACGAGGAGGUCGGCAAGUUCAUGGACAAGUACCUGGACAAGCCCAGCAGGUAUUUCAGAGUCGUGUACAGCAACGAUAUCGUGCCGAGGGUGCCCUACGACGACUCUUCGCUUCAGUUCAAGCACUUCGGGACCUGCCUCUACUUCGACAGCCUCUACAGAGGACGGGUGAUGCAGGAGGAGCCAAACAGGAACUACUUCUCGCUGCUCACCGUGGUGCCAAAGUACCUGAACGCGACAUGGGAGCUCAUCCGGAGCUUCCUCAUCGGCUACGUCGCCGGGCCGGAGUACGCUGAGGGAUGGCUGAUGUGUCUCGCCAGGGUCGCCGGGCUCGUGAUGCCGGGGCUUCCGCCGCACUCGCCGCGGGAUUACGUGAACUCCAUCAGGCUCGGAGCAGAUUCGCUCGGGCCGCUGAGCUAAGUCCAUAGCAUUGGUUGCCCAGUACAAACACUAAUAUUGUAUACGAAAUUCAACACUCUGUAGUUUGGCCAGAAAUGAAAAGUUUCUUUUUUGAGGACUUCCUGAAAGAGUUUUUUUAGAGGAUCCUGAAAAGAAAUUAAACACACUGUUCAGAAAAUUGGGCUCUUGCUGUCG